GACAAAAGGAGCAGGCCGGACGUGUGGCACUCUCAUCGCCAUUUACAUAAUGGCGAGCAAACACACGCGCCAGAACAGGUACAUCUGGCGCCUCCUGGGACACUCUGCAGUCCCCCUUGGAUCAGAUUACGCUCUUUGUGUGAUUGGUUCCUCAUCCCAAGCCAUCUGCUUGAGAUGGACCAGACAAUGGGUUUGUGUAGCCUUUAAAUAGCCGGGACUAACACUGCCACUGAUCACUUCCAAGUGGGGUGAGACUGCUGCCUGCUAGUGCACUCUCUUCCCUCUCCUGUGCAGCCUUUAGGAUCACGGAGCUUGCUUGCGUCUGUUGGGGGAGUUUUCUCUCUCUCUCUCUCUCCAUCUCUCUCUCUCUCCGCUUGUCAAGGAGCCAGCGGAGCUGAGAUGCCUCGAGGGUUCCUGGUGAAGAGGACCAACAGGGCCGCUCCUGUUUCCUACAGGGUGCGCGGCGACGACGAGGGUCCGAGGUUCUCGGAGGGGCCACCCACGCCGUGGGGCCACGGGAUGCCCGGCUCCCCCUGCGCCCCGUCCCGCAGUCCGGACCGUCCAGCCCCCCCGGGGAGGCCGGCCAACUCCAGCUCGCCCGUCUCGGCCGAGUCCUUCCCGGGCCCGUCGGCCUUGAUGUCCUCGCUGGGGCGGGCCGCCUUCGCCGUCUCCGUGUCGGACGGGGAGGUGGAGAUGGGCUCCAGCUGCGCCCCUGUCCGGCCGGCCAAGAGGCAGGGGGCCGAGGCCGAGGGCAGGGGCCAGCGGAAGAGGCCCAGGAUGGAGAGGAAGGCCUGUCGAGACGAGGUGACCACGUCGCCGGUCCUGGGGCUAAGGAUCACCGGAGAGCUGACGGACUGCCAGCAACCCAGGGCGUCCGGGCAGCCCCUGGGAGAGUUCAUCUGCCAACUGUGCAAGGAGGAGUACGUGGACGCGCUGUCGCUGGCCCAGCACCGCUGUUCCAGGAUCGUCCGGGUGGAGUACCGCUGUGCCGAGUGCGACAAGGUGUUCAGCUGCCCGGCCAACCUGGCCUCUCACUGCCGCUGGCACAAGCCCAAGAACCCCGGCAGCCUGCAGGGCCAGGAGGCGGCCAAGGGUAAAACCAGAGCCGAGAGCCAGCGGGACAGCUGCAAUUCCUCGCCCCGGGCCUGCGACGACGCCGGCCACCACGAGGACGAGCUGUUCGACUGCCCGCUCUGCGGGAAGCGCUUCCGGCGGCAGGCCUACCUCCGCAAGCACAUGGCCACCCACCGGCCGCCCGUCCUCUUCCCCGGCAGCCGGCAGCUCCUCCGCCAACCUCCGGCGCAGCUCGGGGAAUCCGCCGCCCCUCCCCCGCACGCUCUCCGGCUGGCCUUUGUCGCUACUGAGGACGUGCCGGCCAAACCCUGCCCCGAGGCCCCCUUCGCCGCCUGCCUCGUGCAGAGCCGGCAUCUGGAGAAGAGCAGGCAAGUGGUGUUGCUUCAGCUCUCCACAGCGCAUGCGGUGAUGUGAGCAGAGGGCUGGAACUUCCCUCCCCCCACCGUCUCCCCGAGCCGUAUUUAUUCUUUGCGUGUGUGCAUCUGCGUGUUUGUGCGAAUGAGCAAAGCCGGUUAAAACUGUCCUGAAACAAUGAGCAUGGGGGGAAAAGAAAGAUUCACGAGCGUCGCAGUUUCUUUGCAAUACUGUAACGGUUACAGAACAAGUAUAAAACCAUAUUAUUUAUUGAUAUAUAUUUUUUGUUGAUUUUAUAUAUAUAUAUAUAUCUAUAUAUAUUGAACUUUUUGUACAAGAACUUCCUGCAAGUGUUCAGAGACAUUUUUGGGGUAUCGCCCCCGGCUGAAAUCUGUAUUUUUCUUAACAGCUAUAAAUGACACGUGCCUGAAAAUACAAUUUUAUUCUCUUACUGUUGCAAAGGAGCUUUUUGUCACAUGUGGCAAUUUUCAUGUCGGUGUUGUUUGUUUCUGAGAAUAUUUUAAAUAAAAUGUCAAAA